UGUUUCGAUCAAUUUUUUUGUUUAUCAAAGCCAAAUCAAAAGCAGAAUCAUGGACGGUGAACGGGGAAGUUGCAUUCAAGGUUCAAAAAACGAAAUAAGUUCACUCUUGAAGGAACAGCGAAUCCUCAAAGCCACUGAAACUAAGCUUAAGUCUAUGAUUGAUAAAAUCAACAAUCAUUUGAACCAGCUGUUGGUAGAAGAGCUACAACUAAAGUCCCGUGAAUUGGAACAGAAAUUCCCGACCAGUACCAGUAUAAAUGAUGAUUUUGUCAAAAUCGAAUCUACGGACCAGAUAAACAAGCAGGAGCUUAAUCUCAACAUCCAGCCUUCCAACUUGCUGAAAUCUUUAGAAGAGAGUGAAGAAGAUGACUAGUGAUACGUUACGGAGUCAUAUAUAAUUUUUCCAUUGAUUAUCCAUUUCAUAAGCGUUUUAUCCGAUAAACUCUAAAUUAUU